AUGAAGUUUUUAUUAGUUUCUUUAGUAUUGUUGGUAUUUUGUUUGUGUAAUUUAACAGAAUCAAAGAAUGGUGUUAUGCCUUGGAUGGGUCUUGAGAGAACGAAUGAAUCUAUUUCAGAUGACUUACAACAAAUCGAGUCUAUUCAAUCACUUUUAACAUUGGUUGCUUAUGAAAGAUUCAAUCUCGGACCAAAUUCAACACUGAUCAACAAUAACUUUACAAAUGUACUACCAAAUAUAACUUCCUAUGGUUUAAAAGGUCUUUCAAUGAUAUCUACGUAUCCCUGGGGCAGACCAGAAACAAUCGAGUGGUGUCGUCAGUUGUUUGAGAAUCCUCAACCAUUCAUUGAUUCUGCAAUUCAAUAUUCUUUAACAGAGGGAUUCUAUGGAUAUAAUGUAGAUAUUGAGCCGAUCGGUGGUAAUGAAGACGAUGCCGUUGCAUACGCAGAGUUUAUCGAUAGCUUUUCGAGACAAAUGCAUCAGCACAACAAGAUUCUGACGGUGGCAGCUGCUACUUAUGAUCCUUUUUGGAACCUGACUUUGCUAGGGCAGACCGAGGUAGACCUCAUCUUUACAAUGUCAACCUACACAAGUAACAUAACAACAUUCACAAAAAAUCUAAACUUUGCAAUCGAUUCGAUUCCACUUGAAAGACUUGCAAUAGGUUUAGAGACCGUAGAUAAUAACAAUAAUCCAUACCCAUCAGACCAAUUGGCAUUGAGAUUCGAUCUCAUUGAACAAGCAAACAUCAAUAACAUUGGUAUUUGGUCAUCUCCACUACCAGAUAAUUGGUUGCCUUUCCUAAAGCAAUACGUAUCAAACACUUUAUAA